AUGCAAAUUUUUCAAACAAGACCAAGACCAUUGUUUCACCGAGCGGUGAAUCCGGGCAACUUAGCGUCUAUCAAGAAAGCUCCCUCGCAGGCACCAACACCUAUAUCGCGUUUUAUUAACUUCUGUCUAUUGAAUACUAGGUCGGUGAAAAACAAGAUAAUAAAGGUGAAAGACUUUGUUGUUGACCACGAUAUUGAUAUCUUGGCAAUGACCGAAACGUGGCUUUGACCAGGAAACAUUGAUGAAGUAGAUAUCAGUACUCUAUGUCCCACUGGUUACCGAUUUUUUCAUGUUCCGAGUCUUCGUUGUCUACAAGGCAUUAGGAUUUUUGUGAUUUAUCGCCCUCCUGGCCAUUCAUCCUAUGAUUUAUUUUAUGAAGAGUUUUCAAAACUCAUUGAACAGACGGCUGUUUCACCUGGAGGCUUGCUAAUUGCGGGUGAUUUUAACCUACGUGUGGAUGACAGCGAUAAUUUUCAAGCUAGAAGGUUCGUGGACAUUCUGGAGUCCUACAAUCUCUGUUAGCAUGUCACUGGAGCCACUCAUAUUAGCGGUCAUACUCUCGAUCCUGCGAUUACCAAAUGAAAUGACGCAUUUCUUAGUAGUAUUUAAAUUUUUGACCCACUGAUCUCAGACCAUUCUGCUGUAAAAAUUAAUCUGCUGUUACAGAAACUUCAGUUCAAGAAGGAAACUAGGAUCUAUCGAAAACUGCGCUCUAUUAACUAUGAUGCCCUCUGUGGUGACAUUAAUAAUUCCGCUUUAAUUAAAUAA